CUGGCUGAGACUGAGGUCUGGUCCGAGGUUCACUCAGUGUCGGAAACACGCGUGGAUACAACCGCGGAGGAGCUCAGCCGUCCGGCCUUCACCUGCGCGGAAACAGAGGCUUUUAUCGGCGGAAGACCAUGAUGGCGGUGCUGGGCAGCGCCGGUCGCCUGAUCCAAUUCGCCAGGAGCAGCGUGGGUCUGAGCGUGAGGCGACGCUCCACCGCCGCUGCUUUGGCUCAAAGCGCAGCUCCAGAAACGCAAGAAAACAGGAAACCCAAGACGGGCGUCCUGAUGCUGAACAUGGGCGGACCGGAGAAGCUGGAGGACGUUCACGACUUCCUGCUGCGACUCUUCAUGGACACCGACCUGAUGAAGCUCCCUGUGCAGAAUAAACUCGGUCCGUUCAUCGCCAAGCGCCGAACGCCAAAGAUCCAGGAGCAGUACAGCAAGAUCGGAGGAGGGUCGCCCAUCAAACACUGGACGUCGAUGCAGGGCGAAGGGAUGGUGAAGCUGCUGGACGACAUGAGUCCUGAGACGGCUCCUCAUAAGUUCUACAUCGGCUUCCGGUACGUUCACCCGCUGACGGAGGAGGCCAUCGAGGAGAUGGAGAAGGACGGAGUGGAGCGAGCCGUGGCCUUCACCCAGUAUCCCCAGUACAGCUGCUCCACCACAGGUAGCAGCCUGAACGCCAUCUACCGUUACUACAGCAACAGAGGCGACAGGCCGAAGAUGCGAUGGAGCGUCAUCGACCGCUGGCCGACACACCCGCUGCUGGUCCAGUGUUUUGCAGAACACGUCAGUAACGAACUGUUGAAGUUUCCACAAGACAAAAGAGACGACGUCGUCAUUCUCUUCUCGGCACACUCGCUUCCUCUGGCUGUCGUAAACCGAGGAGACCCGUAUCCUCAGGAGGUUGGAGCCACCGUUCAGAGAGUCAUGGAGAAACUGGGCCACUGUAACCCCUACAGACUGGUGUGGCAGUCCAGGGUUGGCCCGAUGCCGUGGCUCGGACCGCAGACCGACGAGGUGAUUAAAGGCCUGUGUGAACGAGGGAAGAAGAACAUCCUGCUGGUGCCGAUCGCCUUCACCUCGGACCACAUAGAGACGCUGCACGAGCUGGACAUCGAGUAUGGACAGGUGCUGGGCGAGGAGUGCGGCGUUGAGAACAUCCGGAGAGCAGAGUCCUUGAACGGGAAUCCUCUUUUUAUGAAGGCGUUGGCGGAUCUGGUCCAGUCCCACCUGAAGUCCAACGAGCCCUGUUCCCGCCAGCUGACCCUGCGCUGCCCGCUGUGCACCAACCCCACCUGUGGAGAGACCAAGGCCUUCUUCGCCAACCAGAAACUCUCGUAGACUCUCCGUCCAUGAAGCGGGGUGGCUCGGCGGAGAGACUAAAGCCUUCUUCUACAAACUAAAGCUUCACGACUCAAACACACACAGUCUUCGCCAGCGGGAGCAACCUGGAAAAUCCAACGCACAGAACGAGCCGCGUGGUUUCUGCAGACGCAUUUACUGUUCGUGGAGUCGCAGACGUGCAGGUUUUGGUCUUUUAACGCGAUUCAUACCUGAAAUGCAUCAGUUUAACUCCAAGUACAGCUGAGUUGUUCCAUCUCAGAUCACCAGGGUUCUUCUGUUCAACCGUCAGAAACAACGAAUAUUUAUAAAGAUGUCUGUGAAAGUUUAGCUUCACAUGUCAAAUACUUGCAGAGGUAUUCUUUAAAUAUCUGCCCGUCGACCCACUUUCAGUAGGUUUUUUUCUUAAAUUGAAAUU